AGCCGCCGGCUCUGGGCUCUCCAAAUUCUGAGCUCUCAUCAUGGCGGCGGCGGCGGCCGCGGCGGCCGUCGGGGGGCCGCAGGCGCCCCAACCCGAGCUGCCCGCGCCUGGGCUGGCCCUGGACAAGGCGGCCACUGCGGCGCACCUGAAGGCGGCCCUCAGCCGGCCGGACAACAGGGCAGGUGCUGAGGAGCUACAGGCGCUGCUGGAGCGGGUGCUGAGCGCCGAGCGGCCGCUGACCGCGGCUGCGGACGGCGAGGAGGCGGCGGUAGCCGGCGGCGGGGGCGGUCCGGGGGCGGCCGAGGAGGAGGCCCUGGAGUGGUGUAAGUGCCUUCUGGCGGGCGGCGGAGGCUACGACGAGUUCUGCGCGGCGGUGCGGGCCUACGACCCCGCGGCGCUCUGCGGCCUGGUCUGGACAGCCAACUUCGUGGCCUACCGCUGCCGGACGUGCGGCAUCUCCCCCUGCAUGUCGCUGUGCGCGGAGUGCUUCCACCAGGGCGACCACACCGGACACGACUUCAAUAUGUUCCGCAGCCAGGCUGGGGGUGCCUGUGACUGCGGGGACAGCAACGUGAUGCGGGAGAGUGGGUUUUGCAAAAGGCAUCAAAUUAAAUCAAGUUCAAAUAUUCCCUGUGUCCCCAAAGACUUACUGAUGAUGUCUGAAUUUGUUCUUCCAAGAUUUAUUUUUUGUCUUAUUCAGUACUUAAGAGAAGGCUAUAAUGAACCAGCAGCUGAUGUACCAUCAGAAAAAGACCUUAACAAAGUCCUUCAGCUUUUGGAACCUCAAAUUUCCUUUUUAGAAGAUCUAACUAAAAUGGGAGGAGCAAUGCGGUCUGUUCUUACUCAGGUUUUGACAAACCAACAAAACUACAAAGAUCUGACUUCUGGUCUUGGAGAAAAUGCUUGUGCAAAGAAAAGUCAUGAAAAGUACCUUAUAGCUUUGAAGAGCUCUGGACUUACAUAUCCUGAGGAUAAACUUGUGUAUGGUAUACAGGAGCCAUCAGCUGGCACUAGCACUCUGGCAGCUCAAGGUUUUGCAGGUGCAACAGGAACAUUGGGACAGCUAGAUUCCUCAGAUGAGGAGGAUCAGGAUGGGAGUCAAGGACUGGGCAAGAGAAAGAGGGUCAAACUAAGCAGUAGCACCAAAGAUCAAUCUAUAAUGGAUGUUUUGAAACAUAAAAGUUUUCUAGAAGAACUAUUGUUUUGGACUAUAAAGUAUGAAUUCCCUCAGAAGAUGGUAACUUUCUUACUCAACAUGCUUCCAGAUCAAGAGUAUAAGGUUGCUUUUACAAAAACUUUUGUUCAGCAUUAUGCUUUCAUUAUGAAAACACUGAAGAAAAGUCAUGAAUCAGACACAAUGUCUAACAGAAUUGUGCAUAUUAGUGUUCAGUUGUUCAGCAAUGAAGAGCUAGCCAGACAGGUAACAGAAGAAUGUCAGCUGCUGGAUAUUAUGGUCACUGUGCUAUUAUACAUGAUGGAAAGUUGCCUUAUUAAAAGUGAGCUACAAGAUGAAGAAAAUAGUUUACAUGUGGUAGUGAACUGUGGAGAAGCAUUACUGAAGAAUAACACUUACUGGCCUCUUGUCAGUGAUUUUAUUAAUAUCCUUUCUCAUCAAAGUGUGGCUAAGAGAUUUUUGGAGGACCACGGUUUGUUAGUUACGUGGAUGAACUUUGUAUCUUUCUUUCAAGGUAUGAACUUAAACAAGCGAGAACUAAAUGAGCAUGUGGAAUUUGAGUCUCAGACCUACUAUGCUGCCUUUGCUGCUGAACUUGAGGCCUGUGCACAGCCAAUGUGGGGGCUCUUAUCCCACUGUAAAGUUAGGGAAACUCAAGAAUACACCCGAAACGUUGUUAGAUAUUGCCUUGAAGCUCUUCAAGACUGGUUUGAUGCUAUUAACUUUGUAGAUGAGCCAGCACCUAACCAAGUCACUUUUCAUCUGCCCCUUCAUCGUUACUAUGCUAUGUUUUUGAGUAAGGCUGUGAAAUGUCAAGAACUAGAUUUGGAUUCUGUUUUACCUGAUCAGGAAAUGUUAAUGAAACUAAUGAUUCACCCACUCCAAAUUCAAGCAAGUCUUGCUGAAAUCCACAGCAAUAUGUGGGUAAGAAAUGGUCUACAAAUCAAAGGACAAGCUAUGACCUAUGUCCAGUCUCAUUUCUGUAAUUCCAUGAUUGACCCUGACAUUUACUUACUACAGGUUUGUGCUUCUAGACUUGACCCAGAUUAUUUUAUUUCAUCUGUCUUUGAAAGAUUUAAGGUAGUGGAUUUGUUGACAAUGGCGUCACAACAUCAAAACACAGUACUUGAUGCAGAGCAUGAGAGAUCGAUGUUAGAAGGCGCUCUUACAUUUCUUGUGAUUCUUUUAAGUCUUCGUUUACAUUUAGGGAUGUCUGAUGAUGAGAUUCUCAGAGCAGAGAUGGUAGCCCAGUUGUGUAUGAAUGACAGGACACAUAGUUCAUUGCUGGACCUUAUUCCAGAAAAUCCAAAUCCCAAAAGUGGCAUUAUUCCAGGCAGUUAUAGCUUUGAAUCAGUUUUAUCAGCUGUAGCUGAUUUUAAGGCUCCUGUUUUUGAACCCGGAGGUUCUAUGCAGCAAGGCAUGUAUACUCCUAAAGCUGAAGUCUGGGAUCAGGAAUUUGACCCUGUCAUGGUCAUUCUUCGAACAGUGUACCGAAGAGACGUGCAGUCUGCAAUGGACAGAUACACAGCAUUUUUAAAACAGAGUGGAAAAUUCCCUGGAAAUCCUUGGCCUCCCUAUAAGAAAAGGACGCCACUCCAUCCCAGCUAUAAAGGUCUCAUGAGACUUUUGCACUGUAAAACUUUACACAUUGUGCUAUUCACUCUGCUUUACAAGAUUUUGAUGGAUCAUCAAAAUCUGUCAGAACACGUACUCUGCAUGGUUUUGUAUCUGAUUGAAUUAGGACUUGAAAAUUCAGCUGAAGAGGAAUCAGAUGAAGAGGCGUCAGUGUGUGGACCAGAACGUUGUCACGACAGUUGGUUUCCUGGCAGUAACUUAGUGUCAAACAUGCGACACUUUAUAAACUAUGUUAGGGUGAGAGUUCCAGAGACUGCUCCGGAAGUGAAGAGAGACUCACUUGCAAGUACCAGCUCUGACAGCUUGAGUUCUUUACAAAAUUCUGGUACAGCUCAAGUUUUCAGCUUAGUAGCAGAGCGUAGAAAGAAGUUUCAAGAGAUCAUCAAUCGCAGUAGCAGUGAAGCAAAUCAGGUGGUUCGUCCCAAAACUUCAAGUAAAUGGUCUGCUCCUGGUUCAGCUCCACAGUUAACUACAGCCAUUUUGGAAAUUAAAGAAAGCAUAUUGUCUUUGUUAAUUAAACUUCAUCACAAACUCUCAGGGAAACAAAACUCCUACUAUCCUCCUUGGCUUGAUGACAUAGAAAUUUUAAUCCAACCAGAAAUUCCUAAAUACAAUCAUGGAGAUGGUAUAACUGCAGUAGAAAGAAUUUUAUUAAAAGCUGCAUUGCAAAGCAGAAUGAACAAACGCAUCAUUGAAGAGAUAUGUAGAAAAGUGACCCCUCCUGUACCACCCAAAAAAAUCACUGCAGCAGAGAAGAAAACAUUGGACAAAGAGGAAAGGCGACAAAAGGCUAGAGAGAGGCAGCAGAAAUUGCUUGCAGAGUUUGCUUCACGACAGAAAAGCUUCAUGGAAACUGCAAUGGAUGUUGAUUCUCCUGAGAAUGAUAUUCCUAUGGAGAUCACAACAGCAGAACCACAAGUUUCUGAAGCAGUAUAUGAUUGUGUUAUUUGUGGACAGAGUGGCCCCUCCUCUGAAGACCGACCUACAGGAUUGGUUGUACUGUUACAAGCAUCCUCAGUUUUGGGGCAGUGCCGUGACAACAUUGAGCCAAAAAAAUUGCCUAUCACUGAAGAGGAGCAGAUUUACCCUUGGGAUACAUGUGCAGCAGUUCAUGAUGUGAGACUUUCAUUAUUACAGCGUUAUUUUAAGGAUAGUUCUUGUCUCUUGGCAGUAUCAAUUGGCUGGGAAGGAGGUGUUUAUGUACAAACCUGUGGCCACACAUUACAUAUAGAUUGUCAUAAAUCUUACAUGGAAUCAUUACGGAAUGACCAGGUUCUUCAGGGCUUCUCAGUGGACAAAGGAGAAUUCACGUGUCCUCUCUGUAGGCAGUUUGCUAACAGUGUUCUUCCUUGUUAUCCUGGGAGCAAUGUGGAAAGUAACCCUUGGCAACGUCCUAGUAACAAAAGCAUACAAGAUCUCAUAAAGGAAGUGGAAGAGCUGCAGGGACGGCCGGGAGCUUUCCCAUCAGAGACCAACUUAAGUAAAGAAAUGGAAUCUGUAAUGAAAGAUAUCAAAAAUACCACUCAGAAAAAAUAUAGAGACUAUAGCAAGACCCCAGGUUCACCAGACAAUGAUUUUCUCUUUAUGUAUUCUGUUGCUAGAACCAAUUUGGAACUUGAAUUAAUUCAUCGGGGAGGCAAUUUGUGUUCAGGUGGUGCAAGCACAGCUGGCAAAAGGUCUUGCUUAAAUCAACUGUUCCAUGUAUUAGCCUUGCACAUGCGGCUUUAUAGCAUUGAUUCUGAGUAUAAUCCCUGGAGAAAGCUUACGCAAUUAGUAGAAGAGGUGAAUUCGCAGCAGGGAAAUGAAGAACAACAGCCUGAGGUUCCAAUUCUUUAUCAUGAUGUUACAUCCCUUUUGCUCAUCCAGAUCUUAAUGAUGCCGCAACCCUUACGAAAAGACCAUUUCACCUGCAUUGUGAAGGUGCUUUUUACCCUAUUAUACACACAAGCUCUUGUGGCACUUUCAGUUAAAUGCAAUGAGGAAGAUAGGUCAGCCUGGAAACACACGGGAGCUCUCAAAAAGAAUACAUGUGAUGCAGAGAAGUCUUAUGAAGUGUUACUGAGCUUUGUGAUAAGUGAACUAUCUAAAGGAAAGUUAUACCAUGAAGAAGGAACUCAGGAAUGUGCAAUGGUUAGCCCUAUUGCUUGGUCUCCUGAAUCCAUGGAAAAAUACUUACAGGACUUCUGCUUACCUUUCCUCAGAAUCACCAGCCUUCUUCAGCACCACCUUUUUGGGGAAGAUUUACCUAGCUGCCAGGAAGAAGAAGAAUUUUCGAUUCUUUCCAGCUGCCUGGGACUUCUGCCAACGUUUUACCAAACAGAACAUCCAUUCAUCAGUGCCUCCUGUCUGGAUUGGCCAGUUCCAGCAUUUGAUAUUAUAUCUCAGUGGUGUUUUGAGAUAAAUUCAUUUACUGAAACACAUGCAGAACAAGGAAAGGCCUUGCUUAUCCAAGAGGCAAGAUGGAAAUUACCACACCUGCUCCAGUUGCCUGAGAAUUACAACACCAUUUUUCAGUACUACCACAGAAAAACCUGUAGUGUCUGCACUAAGGUUCCUAAGGAUCCUGCUGUUUGCCUUGUUUGUGGUACUUUUGUAUGCCUGAAAGGACUUUGCUGCAAGCAACAAAGUUACUGUGAAUGUGUAUUGCAUUCUCAGAACUGUGGUGCUGGAACAGGGAUUUUCCUUUUGAUCAAUGCAUCGGUGAUUAUCAUCAUUCGAGGCCACCGCUUCUGCCUCUGGGGUUCUGUGUAUUUGGAUGCUCAUGGAGAAGAAGAUCGGGAUCUUAGGCGAGGCAAACCUCUCUACAUUUGUAAGGAAAGAUACAAAGUUCUUGAGCAACAGUGGAUUUCUCAUACUUUUGAUCACAUCAAUAAAAGAUGGGGUCCACAUUACAAUGGGCUGUGACUCACCACCUCAGCAUUGCAUUAUAUCAUUUUCAUUAAGAAUUUAUCAACAAUAAGCUUUACCUUAAUUUGGGGGAUUAACGCUUUUGCUGAGGGAGAAAAAGAAAACAUAUAUUAUAAAGCCUUUCCAAAAUUAGGUGCUUGGUAAUCACAUUAAUGGUAUAAUUUUUUUUUUAAGUAUCUGGAGAACAUAACAAAUAACAAGUUAAAUCAUUCUUUAGUGGUCCUUUUUUUUUUUUUUUUAAGUCCACAAUUAAUAAGAAGCACAACUUGUUUAAAAAUGAUUCUCCCACAAUGCAUAUCAGCUAUUCAUUGAUACUUAGAGUUGGUGUGAUUUAUUUAAAGUUUUACUGCUUCUUUAUAUCUGUGUGUUUUAAUUUGCAUCUGCUAAACACAAUGCAUCCUUUCCCUCUGCCAUUCUUGUGUUGAUUUGAGAUUUUUGCUGUAUGUAAUUAGAAAAAACAUGUAAGACAUGAUUUAUGUGAAAUAUUGUAUAGUAAAAGUUGGUCUAAUAGUAGGACUUUAAAAUUUUUUCUUAUUGUGAGGAAUCUGUUAAAAGUUUAAGGCUUUGCUGAAAACUUAAUUCAUUCUCAGGAAUUUCAUAAAUAUUCUCCCCAGGUAAAUAAUUGAAAUAGUUGUAAAAUAAGUAGAUAGCUGCUGUUAAUAUAAUACAGUACAUUUUGGGGGACAUGUGUGGUUGGGGAAGGGAGUCCUUAAAAAUCAAAAUUUGCCAUUUCGGUUGGAUGAAUUACUUGAGGUAUUAACAAAUAGAUUUUACUAUAAAAUCAGAAGUUUUAAGAGCAUACACAUGGCAGAUUUUGCUUUUAUGCAUGCCCACCUUUUAUUACCAACCAAGUUUUUGUUUAAAUGAUUGAAUUGGAAAUGCUCAGACUUACCCACAAAUGAAGCUUAGUUUUGGAACUUCCUGUCAGCUUGAGAGGUUCAUCUGUAUUGUAUUUGUGCAGCGUAAUCACUGCUAUUUCUGCUUAGUUUCCUAAAAGGAAAAAAGAGGCUCAGAGGUGAUGACCCUCAUGAAUGAACCGUGCAUCUGUAUUCUUCUUAGAAGCUGCUGCGAAAAGCAAUUUAUGUUUGUUGGGUUUUUUUAAUCAGUAAGAAUGGGAAUGAUUGAGCUAAAACCCACUCUAUAAAUAGAGAAGGAAGAUUACAGAAAAGCAUGUUACAUAUUGCUAACAAGAUUUUUCUUCCAAAUGAUUUAGUAAUUUGAUGAUUAUUUAAUAUAUAGUGUUAUCAAGCAAUUCCUGGUACUUUGGACUUCCAUGGCUUGUUAUAUAAAAUUACAUUUUUACAUGUAAAAAUAAACUCAAAAACAUCUAAUGAUAAAAUUCAAAAAUAAAGUCAGAUCUAUGUUCUAAAAAUUAUUGAAUGACAUGACAUUACAGAAUGUGAAAAUGGACAUUAAAUGAUGGCCUUGCAUUAAAAUAGAGCAGAACAGUACAUAUUCAAAUGUGUUCAAAAUGUCAAAAAAUUACCUAUAGCUCUACAAUAAAAUAAAUGGAAAUAGCUUGCUAUUUUUAUAUACAUUUCCAAAAUAUUAAGAUAACUUUCUGAAAGAUGAGACUGAUUCUGUUUAACUAAAUAGUUGUCCUUUCCAACACACUGCUACUUUUUUAAAUACUGUAUCAUAAGUUCAGCCUGUCAUAUUUUUUGCAUUGGUCAUUCUGAAUACCAGACCAUUUGUAAGUGUGGUUGAAGAGCAAAAUGCUAAUUUAAAUCUCUAGUAAAUACUGUUACAGGAUUCAUGAACUUGAAUAAUUCUACAGUUUGAAACUCUGAUGCUAUAUAUACAUGGUAUAAUGUAUUCAGAUUUUGAUUACUACAUAUUUAAAAUGGAAUGUUUUAUGAUUGUGCAUAUGGAUGUGAAGUGAAAAUAUUAGCCUUAACAUUAAAAUUUGGGUAUUUGAUAGUGUUUAUUUUGAUAUUGGUGAAUUAGUCACCAGUAAAUUUUUAAAAAGCACUUGGUUGAAAAUUGUACUUGAAUUACAUACAUGCAUGCUGCUAAACUAGAACUUUAAUUUUUUCCCCAUAACUUUUAUAAGUCCCAUUUAUAAACCCACUUUUAAAAAUAACAGGUCCAAGCUAGAGUGAUGUGUGUAUAUUAUUAAAAAAAAAUGUACUGGUGUGAUAUCUUGUAUGAAUGAUCAUUUAAAUACAGUACAUUACUGUAGAGGCUAAAUCAAUCUUUAUAAUUAAGCAGAGAUUACAAAACUAGGAAUAAUCAACAUUGUAAGAUAUGUUAAUAAAAACCUACUGUCAUUUGGUUUGUGAAAGGUCCUUAAAAUGUUUAAUUCUUACAUGUUUUUCUCUUUUUUUUAAAGGUAUUGAAAAUAAUAUAUAUAAGUGAGCAUAGCAGAAAAGAUCAAAGCAUAACGUAAUUAAUAAUUGCUCUAAGGUGGAGUUAAAUAUAAAGAAUUUGCUCUUCCUUAUACCUUUUAUUUACAGAGGUAGUUCCUGUUUCUUCUAUCCUUGUCUUAAAAUGAAUGCAAAGCUUUUUGCUAAGUAUGUAUGUUUUUGGAAGUUGGGGAGAAGGAAAUGGGUCUGCAGAUCUGAGGAACACUGCUGUGGUCCUUGCCGCUUUCUGAAAAUUCCAUCUAGACUUCAGAAAUCCAAAGGGCUUUAUGAUAAUGUUUAUUUUGAAUGGCCUGUGGUUUUGUUGGAAUUGACAGUUUUUGCUCCUACCCCUCCAUCCUGAAGCUCAUCAGGCAGUUAUCAGCUAAGAAUCCAUUUGUGUUCACAAACCUUUUUUUUCUAUUUUAUAUAUUUUGGUAUUUAUUGAUUUCUGUGACUUAGAAAAGAUGCUGAUUGAAAGCACUGAGGGCUUGAAGGUGACAACAGUGAGAGAGAAUACAUGAACCAAGAGUCUGUACCAUCUCCAGGAUUGUAAUUGUUGACUCGCAAAUUGCUGUUGUUGGCUUAUUUUUGUGGUCCUGUUGAACAACAAAAACAAAGCACAACAUGAUUUUAACCGUGAUUUUAAUCAAAUUACCAAGACAAGAUACAUUCACUGGGGGUUAUUCCUGACAUGUGAUGGUUGGUGGAAGGGCAGAAGACUUGGGACUGUCUCAGUCCCAUUCACAGCACAUAGUUCUUUUCCUUUAUGAUCUGGCUGGAGUGGGCAGAAGGAUGGCAACAUGAUCAUUUUUUGAUUUGUAACACUUCAAGCUCCCUUGCUAAUGAAGCACAUCAGAUAUGGAAGUGCUACCACCAUCCUAGGGUGCCAUAAUCAAGUAGCACUGGAGUGAAUAUGACUGCAGCUGAUGCAACACAAUGAAAAGGCGUGAUGGGCCCUUACGUAUAGCUGCAAUGUAAGACGUGGCAAUAACAACAUUAAUAUGGCAGAGCCCAAGAGCAAGCCAGAGAAGUAGGGUCAAGAGCACAGAUAAAGGCUUCAGCUUGAGGUGAAGGAAGAGGGACAAGAGAAAGGAAAGAAAGUCUAGAGGAAACAAAGAGGAUUCAUAUCUGAUUCCCUCUAAGGUUGGUGACAGAGGAGCAGGAUCAUCUGUGGAGGGUGAGCAGGCCUAGUAUAUCUGGGAGUUUUGAGUUAAGUGGCAGGGUUUAGACAUACGAUAGGAGAGUAGGCUAGAAAUAAGGAGAAGCACCACAGAAGUCAUAGUGAGAGCGCAAUGGGGUUAGAAGCCAUAACAUUUUCAAUGGAGCCAAUUAGAAAGGUUCUGGGACUUUAUAGAGCCCCUAAGAUCAGCAGUCCAGAACCCGAAGGGUAGAAAUUAGACUGCUAAAUUAAUUCAUAAUUUGGGGACUUGAGAGGCAGGUGCAAUAUCGGGUGGUAAGAGAAUUAGGAGUACUGGUUGAAAGGAGUGUGGGGUCCAUGCUGGGUAAAUUGUGGGUUAUAGGAUUGGAAUUCAUGAUGAAACUUAAUGAGGAGAUGUAAUGCAAGUUUUCAAAGUUUUCAUUUGGAAUUAGGACAAACUGCUUUCCUGUUGAAUCAUUUGAAUUCAUUCAGUAAAUAUUUAUUGAGCUCCUCUUAUGCACCAAGCAGUGAUGAAUACUGGCAGUACAAU